AUGCACCAAGGAUAUUCACUUUGCCAUCGGAAACCACUCCCGAAGUUUGAAAUUGAAGCAUUAUUUCGACUACUUAUGCUAUGUGAAGUUUGGAUUAACAACAGUGGAUUGUCACAUCUAAAAGAAAUUGAUGCAUCAAUUUUAAAUAAAAAUUUUCGGUUGUGUUCAAUGCACUUUGAAAACUCUAUGUUUCGAAAUGAACAACAGAACCGCCUUAAACUUGAUGCUGUACCGACAUUGUUUGAAAGUUCAGAAAACAACUCUGCAGAAACAAAAAGGAGAAAAGAAUUAGAGUCUGUAAUGAGUUCUAAUCCAGAGCUAGCCGAAGAUUAUUCUAUCAUGACGUGUCUAAAAGUCGUUGAGAAAUACUGCUCACCGACUGUACGACUGAUAGUAAAAUCACAAAUUGACUACAAAAACAGAAAAUCAAAAGGGUAUAGAUAUUCUAAUGAUAUUAAACAAUUAGCUCUUAGUAUUUUUUUUAUAAGUGCAAAAUUGUACAAAAAUAUGCAAAGAGCUCUUUACCUUCCCUCAUGCUGAACGACGUUCAGAAGAGUCAC